AUGUUUGGCGGAGUCAUAAUACCUCAGUUUGGCUUAACUUCAAAGCCUUUCAUUCUCGGUUCUCAUAAUCCUAAUGAAAUUUGUAAUCGGAAGUUUGAUUUAGUCAACAAUAAAUGGACUGUGCUACCUUCAGCACCAAUAAGAAGUUUUACAGGCUGCUCAGCAGUGUCUUUUAAACAGAAAAUUUUGCUAUCAGCGCUUGAGUUUUUAAAUAUAAGGACCCCCCCCCCUCAUUUGUCGAAUUUUCUAGUCUUUUUUUUUAUAGAAAAUUUUUUUUUUCAGGACCUCAUUUGUCCCAAAAAUCUAGUCAAAAAAUGGUUUGUCCAAUUUUCUAGUCUUUUUUGCAUUUUUUCGAAUGCCCUAAAUUCUAGUUUUUUACUUUAAAAAAACUAGAAAAUGAGACAAUUGAGGUCCUGAAAAUUUUUUUUCUCUAUCAAAAUUUUGACUAGAAAAUUGGACAAAUGAGGUCCUAAAAAAAUUUUUUUUUCCUAUAAAAAAAACUAGAAAAAUGGACAAAUGAUAAAAGACUAGAAAAUUUGACAAAUGAGGGGGGGGUCCUUAUAUGAAUAUGAUAUAAAUCUUGAGAGCUUUACUAAAUUUGAAUUUAACACUGGAAUGUCAGCAAAGCUCUUAAUUGCUGGAAACUCAAGAGUUUAUUUAAUAGAGGCUUGAAUGUCGUUAUGGGAAAGCGAAUAUGAUAAUGAGUAUGUUUGAAACCAAAUUGGAGAAUAUGAUGGAGAGUUAUCUAGAGCUCAGCCGUACAGAGUGAUAUACUAUUUAUAGCGGAUGGAAGCUUCUCAAACUUUUUUUUAUUACAAUAAAAGAAUAAUCGCUAAAGUUUAGCUUAAUGUAUGCAAGUAUAAGCAAGAAUAGGGUCACUUUGGAGUAUAUGACAAUUAUUCCGAUCCAACCCAAUUUUUGUAUUACUAGUUCAAUUUGAAAAGAAAGAAACUUAA